UAAUUCAUAAAGUAAUUUUUUCAAAAUAUAUAAUCUUCUACGGAGUUUUGAGCAACCCGGCAUUGGUCAUACGUUUGUGUUGUUUCCUUUUCUUCUUUUGAACAUUGUUUGCUGAUAGUAAACUUCAUUUUGCGAUUUUCACGCUCUGCGACACUCACUGCAACGCUAUUCCAACGACUUGCAGUGCAAGUGUGCAUGCGUGUGGAUUAAGCUGAUGCUGUCUUUGCUGCUGCUGCUACAGCCAUCACUGUUGUAACGAGACGCGUGUAUAAAGUGAAGCAUGUAGCUCUGUUUCGAAUGUAAGCAAACAUGAAGACGCACAACUCAUGUAUAGACGAGAAAUAAAAAAUAAAAUAAAAAACAAACGACUUGAUAAAUAUAUUUUGUUUUGCUUAUAAAAUAGUACAAAAAUAUCGACACAGAACUUAAAAUAAAAAACAACAACAACAAUUUCUAUUAUUGAUUAUGUGCGGCAGAGUGGAGCGACACAAGCGCACGGGGCAGCCAAUGAACGUAGCGGCUACCACAGCAACAACAACCGCUACAACAACAACAGUGAUGACAAUAACUAAACGACGAAAAUCUCACAAAAGCCAAAUUUCCACACCAACAAACAGUAUAUUAAUGAAGAAGAAGAAGACAACCACAAGUUGGUCACUUCCAAUGACGACGUUGAUGCAGCGCAGCGGACCGAAAAGCGCUCUAAGUUGGCUGGGUUUAUUAACGUUGCUACUGCUGUUGUUGGCGACACGUAAUACUGAAUGUCGGCAAGACGAGUUCGGCCAUCCUUCCAUAUCGCAAAUUUCACCGAAAUCCGCAAGUUAUUUAAUACACGAAGACGCACCUUUCUUACACACCACAGCCAAUAUGCGGCUCGAGAGCACAAUUGCGGACACAUCGAACAACAAUGUCGACCAGAGCUCGCUAACGACGGGUGACGACACUCUGAGUCGCGAUGAUAAUGAAACACGUCAGCACUUACGUGUGGAACGUUCUGCAUUGCCAAUAUUGACGGACAACUAUCCGAAAUCCGGUCCUAAUGAUGUACAUUUUCCAAGUGAUACAGAGAAGGAAGCUGGCGCCGGUCGUUAUUUCCAGUAUAAUAUAAAACCGACUGGCACACUAAACGAGGCGAGCUCUGAAGCGCCGGAGCGCACACAACGCGCACGUGCGGGCAAAACUUUUAAACCCUCUUUCACUGGCAUAGCAACUGCGACAAUGGCCGCAGAUGAGACCUCAUCAUCGGAGUCUUUUUUAGCGAAAGGGGGCCUGCGACCGCUUACGUCGGGGUCCCCGAUCAUUCCGACGCGCAGUUUUGCUACCUCGACGGCGGUCAGUGCCACGGUUACGCCGCAUAAUCCGCGUCAAAACUCCAAUCCCGAUAUACAAGACAUAAUAACGGGCAUUGUUAAGUUGUUGAAUGGAAAUGUUAAUGUGCAUGCCAAUACGCAGGGUCUACGACGUCCGUCGGCUAGUCGCAUCAACAAUCGUGGGCCGCCGCGUAUCUCGGAUGUGCAAAAUUUACCGAUAGAUUAUGAAACACAAAAGAAACCGCUGGGCUCAUCUAUACGUCCACCGCCAUAUACGGGCCCAUUUGAUAGGCCAGAACGGCCAUUCAUUACCGGCGUACCGAUACCAGAGCAAAUUGUACCCUUGAGACCAGGUUUCAUUAGUCAACGUCCGCCAUGGCAUCGUCAAAAACCGCGACCGCCAAUUACUACCGCAAUCGGCGGCAGACGUCCGAUACCACAAUAUAAACCCUUACCCAACUCACAAUUAUCGCCACCGGCCGCAGAGGAGUCUGCGGCGCCGGUUAAAGAGACGCUUGAAGCACCGACGCAGCCACACUCGGGAGAGACAGAAAUUUCCUUGCCUCCAGAUUACAAUGAUGCAAAUGGCGACAUACCAAAACCAACUGAUGCCACCUACGAUUCGGAAUUCUCAAAUGAAGAUACAAACUCACAAUAUAUUGAAGUAUCCGAUCAGGACUCCAACGAGACUGCCGACACAGCCCCAUUGGUGGGAGAAAAUUCGGAAAUGGAAGAGGAUGAAUUAACGUCAAUGCAAGUCUCUCCGCCGCCUGUGAAGAAAGAUGAGCAGAGCACUAAAAAGAAACCUGUGAAGCAUAAGACAACCGACAAAAAGAAGCACACACAAGAAGAUUAUACAACAAUCAUCAAUACAAGCUCCGUAGUGCACACAGAAAUGCAAAUGUCGUCUACAUAUGCGCCAAUGCCAAUGCCGCAUGGUGAGGGUGUCAACCUAGAUCCAUCUACAGAGGAAGUUAUCUUCAUGACACCCAGUAAAACACCUUCAUUGGAGAUAAACUCGAAGAACGCCGAGACAAGUUCGGUUUCGUUGAUAGAAACUCAGAGCUCAAUUGUUAACACACCCUUAACAACUAUAGCCCAGAGUACAGUCGCCACUCCUAGUCCACCAAGUAGGACUGAGUUGCUAGCUACAAUUCCACCCGAUCCAACUAACAUUACACCUAAACCACCUUCUACCACUACUACCACCACCACUAAGCUAUUUACUACCACUUCUACCACCACCACUACCGCUCCUAUUUCAGUCGCUCCGCCCGCGUCGACCUCUACUAAUGACAUACCAGCAACAGUAUCUCAACCCCCAAAUGACUAUCAACCUCGUCCAGGUAUUGUGCUCGACGAUCCCGAAUUCAAACCGGGCGGCCGACCCCGACCACCACGUCCACACUCACCCCGCCCUGUUGAUGGGCAACAGCAACCGCCUGUGCAUAUUCAGCCCACGCGACAACACUUACCUCCUGGUUAUGGUGAAAUAUUCGACGUGACACUUUCGGCUAUACAAGGUCCCGGUUCGGUGGGUGGUUCCCAGCAGACAAUCAAUAUUAAACCAUAUGGAUCUUAUGGCAACAGUGGUGGUCAGCAAGCGGACAUAAUAGUGUCUGCAGCAGGUGAUGAUGGUUUUGUUUCAAUCGAUGGUAAGCGUACUUACAUCAAUCUCUUUGGUGAUCCAACAGAUCCGCCCGUUGGUGUGCCCACUACGCCAGCGACAGCCAUACCACAACUUCCUGGUAGCGGUGUGACUCUAGGUAGCGGUGCUGGUGGUGGUGGUGGCAGCGGUAUUGGUAGCAGUGGAAAUGGUGGCACCGGCGGAAGUAAUGUAGUCACACAGAACAAUCUAUCCAGUUUGGGUGCGGGAUAUGGCGUACCGGAGACAGAGAUUGUGGAUUUGGAGCCUACAAAAUCGCAGAGUGCAAAACCACAAUCGCCAACUACCAUCGCUGGACCAACAAGACCACACUACCGCUCGAGGCCAACUCAACCACCUGUGCGAAUCGACACGUGCAUUGUGGGCGACGACUCUACUUGUGAUCAAGCUCAACACGAACGUUGCAAGACAGAUAAUGGCGUUUCCAGCUGUCAUUGUCGACCAGGUUAUUCCCGACGGAAGCAUCGUGAACCCUGUAGGAAGGUCAUCUCAUUCUAUCUGGGCAUGCGUGUGGACCGUAUUUACGAACAUCGUAUUGUGUGGGACAAUAAAUUGUUAGAUAAACAUAGCGAGCCAUACGGACAGUUGAGCUACGAAUCGAUACGAGCGAUUGACUCUGCCAUGUCUAUGACCCCCUACUCUGACGAAUUUAUGGAUGCACGAGUCAACAAUAUUUACCGUGGUGACCCCAAUCUCGGUGGUAGUGGCGUCUUUGUGAACAUGACGAUCAAACUUGACGAAAGCGUUGAAACGUUGCGUCCAAACCUACGCGCCGAUGUGCAAAAACAUUUGUUGGGCGUACUCCACAGACGCAAUAACAACAUUGGCAACUCUGUACUCUAUGUGACAUCACCUGAAGGCUCCAUUACCGCGCUACAUGAUCUGGACGAGUGCCAGUCACGCGAGCUGAACGACUGUCAUGCCAGUGCCAGCUGUUCCAAUUCUUGGGGCACCUUCCGCUGUACCUGUGAGACUGGUCUCCGCGAUCCAUGGGCUGAUCAACCACAGCGCGCCGGCCGCGACUGUCAAUCAUGUCCAGACACAUAUUGCAACAGCCGCGGCACUUGCAGUUACAACGAUGAAGGCAAUCAAGUUUGCGCUUGUGAUUCCAGUCAUUAUGGCGGUCAAUGUGAGAUUGACGGCGAGGUUUUGGGUGUGGCUAUUGGCGCUUCUUUGGCUGCGGUUAUCAUCAUCGUUUUGACUUUGGUAUGUCUAAUAAUGUGGUCACGUCGUUGGCAACGCGAACAGAAAAAUGCUAUCGGUUCGCCAGUGUUUGGCUACAUGAAUACAGCGCCAAUGAAGUCGGCGGGUCUGCCUGGCCAAGCGGGCUAUCAAGUGACUCUAGAGGAUCGCAUGCGCUGGGCGCAAAUCGCAGAUGUAAUGGCACAGACAAACCAUUACGGGGUAAGUCCGAUUGCCGAACCAGUUGGGCCGACACGUCCGUCUUCAGCUAUGUUCGCCUACCCGAAUCUGCAGUCUAUGGGUAUGGGCACGAUGGGCGGUGGUAUGUCGAUGCAGGGCACCAUGCAAAUGCACCAGGCUGGCAGUAUGGCACCACCAGUACCUCUGCCACGGUAUGAGUGCGUAUACCCCUCAGACAAUUCCUCAAAUACGAAUAAAAAAAGACUGGGGUUGAGUUCCCGAUCGAAUGGCAUGCGAACGUUGGAGAAUUCCAGCUCGAGCGAGGAGGAAGAUCGAACGGAUCUGCUUGGGCGUAAUUUCCAAGUACCACGACCAAAGAGUAGAAGUAAUGGAAGCAUAGCGAACCAAUCGGGCAUCUACUACGAUGUGGACUAUGAGCCAUCUGGCAAUGGUAUUGGCAAUACGAGUGUAGAUCAUCUAUAUGGUUCACAAAAUCAGUCAUCAUCCCAUUCACACACGCACUCACACACACACAGUGGCAAUAACCAUAUACCAGGACCGCAAGGCAUACCAAUGAGCACGUAUACGUCAGGACGAGCGCCGAGUAGUUACUACAUGAAAUGAAAUGGAUGGCAGGAGUAGUUUGUGGAGUAGAUUAUUUAGUAUAUGUAUGUAUUUGUAAUGUUUGUAUGUAAUUAAAAUUAUAUA